AUGGAUUUGAAACUUGCAGGGGAAAAGAGAAUGUUCCAGCUGAAUGAACUAGAAGAAAUGUGCUUGUUUUCCUAUGAAAAUGCCAAGCUUUACAAGGAGAAAACAAAAAUGUGGCAUGACAAGCAUAUCCAACAAAAAGUGUUUGAAGAGGGUCAGCGAGUUUUGCUUUUCAACUCGCGAUUGAAGCUCUUUCCAGGCAAUCUCAAAUCAAGAUGGUCGGGUCCGUUCUUGGUGGUUAAGGCUUAUCCGCAUGGGGCAGUUGACUUGUGUGAAGAAGGGUCUGGAAGAGAGUUCAAGGUUAAUGGUCAAAGACUAAAACAUUAUUGGGGAGGUGAGGUUGAGCGAAAUAAGAGCCCAAUCUCGUUGGAGGAUCCUUGA